AUGGAUAUUGUGAUCGAAAUUGGUGGUAGAUAUACCAAAGUCGGAUAUUCUCCUGAAACCUCCCCAAGAUUUAUAGUACCAACUAAUUUAUUACCAUUAGAUAUCUCAAUAUGGUUAUCAAGUGGCACUUCAAUUGACAAGAUCAAUAAUGCAAACAAUAAAAUUCAAAAAAUACCAACAUCAAUACAACUAAAAGAAUCACUCUAUACAUUUUUUAAAUCACUGUUUUUAAACUAUUUAUUAUGUAAAGCAGAUGAAAGAAAAAUUAUAAUUGUCGAAAAUUUGUUUUUACCAAGAUUAUUUAGAGAAAGUUUAGUAUCAGUAUUAUUCGAACAAUUUAGGGUACCAAUGAUUGUAUUUAUUAAUCCAACAGCAUCAAUGAUCCCAACACUAAGAACCACAUCACUUAUAAUAGAUAUUGGUUAUUCAGAAACUAGAGUUUUACCAAUUUAUGAAGGCAUAGGUGUUUUAAAAUCAUUAGAGACAAUUACAUUGGGUUCAGAAACUUUAAUUAGAGAAUUAAAAAAAACAUUAUUAUUGGAUCACAACGGAAUUUUAGUAAAUAAUGAAAAUGGGUCGAUUAUAAACGAUCAACAAUUAACAAUCGAUACAAUAAAUAAUAUUAGUGAAUCUACAUUUGAAGAUAUUUUGACGAGAUGUCUCCAACUAUCAAUAAUUAUUAAAUCAUCGAUCAGACUACACUUAAUAGAUAGAUUAUAUAGAUCCACAACCACACAGGAAGAUUUAAACAACGAAGAUCAAAUUCAAGAAACUUUUGAAGAAGGAAAUAUUGCAUCAACUAUUUUAGACUGUUUAGUGAAAUGUGAACAUGACCAACGUAAACCAUUAUCACACAACAUCUUAUUAUUGGGUGGCACUACAAUGAUACCAGGUUUUAAGCGUAAAUUAGUAAUAGAAUUAAAUAAACAAAUUAAAGAUAAUAAACACUAUAAUGAUCAAGUUGGUGGUUUAAUAGGCCAUUUCGAUUUCGUUCAACAUCCAUUUGGAAAUAAUUAUUUGGCUUGGUUAGGUGGUUCAAUUUUAGCAAAUACCAUUGAACACAUUUAUAGUAAAAUCACCUUGGAUCAAUAUUUAGCUGCUCCUUCUUUAUUCAAACGUAAUCAAUUAAUACCUGAAUGGGAAAAGCUUUCAAAUAUUAACAACUAUACUCAAAUCGCUCAAACAACCAUUGGUACUACAAUUAAUCCAUUACAAUUCUCAACAACAUCUUCAUUAUUUUCACCCUUUACAUCAUCCUCUGACCUAUCAUCGCAUUUAAAUAAAGAUUAA